AUGACAUCGACAAAGAUAGAAGGCAAGUCAAUACACUUCGGGCCUUACGAGGUCACGAAACAGGUGCGUACCAUAUCCCUCGCUAUGAAAAUCCCGGAACUAUACUGCCACAAAGGGACCCUGACCACCCGACGACAGGUGUUCCUCACAACACCCCAUUCGUAUGCCCUCGUCAAUCUCAAGCCCCUCAUCCCAGGCCACAUUCUCGUGUGUCCCCUUAAAUCCCAUCUACGCCUUACAGACCUGUCUCCGGCCGAAACGGCAGACCUCUUCAGCACCGUCCAGCUCACACAGCGAAUGCUGGCGCAGAAAUACCUGCCCGAACCUGGGAACCUGCUCUCGGGGAGUUUCACUGUCGCCGUGCAAGAUGGGCCCGACUCGGGCCAGACUGUUCCCCAUGUACACGUCCACGUGAUUCCCCGUAGGAAGGGGGACGUGGGCGACAGUCCGGAUGCCAUCUACGUCAAGAUGUCUACUGAGGAUGGGAAUAUCGGUGGUGCCAUGUGGGAUCGAGAGCGCCGCCCCGCGCCCGCGGGCCGCAUGCCUAGAAUCGAGGACGCGGAUCGUAAUCCCAGGACGCAGGAGCAGAUGGAAGCCGAGGCGGAGGAGUAUAAGACAAUUUUGAGAAGGAUGGGAAUAGCAUGA